UCGCGUGCUGCAAGUCAUCGCGAGGACAAUCAUAACUGCCGUUACUGACAGCAUUGGCGUUCGCUGAAACACAACUUAAGACAUUCAGCAAAUCCGCCUGCGCUAGUAUUUACGUUCUCUGUGACAACAAUAGGAAAUUGUCUGAACGAAGGACGUAUUACAUAUUUUUGAAAAUAAUCGGGACAGGCAUUCUGAAACUUGGACGUCUGGUCACUAAUCAUGACGGUAGCAGCCUAUACCUGCAUACCAAAGUACCGACAUUCCUGUUGAACUUGGCAAACGACAUAAUCUAUCUUGCCAGAUAUCACUGACAAACACACUCGGAAAACAAAUGUUAUAUUACUGGGUAUCACCGGCCAGUUUGUAAUUAAAACUGCUACUUUAUAUCCGUAUCUUCGCCUGACAGCCAACUGGUUCGAAGUGAUAUCCAGCAACCAACGAACGAGGACGUCGUCAGUAAGAGGCGGGCUCAUUAGAAAUUUCAAAUUUUAUUAGAAGCCAAUCGAAUUUUCGUUUAAUACUACAUCACGAAUCAGCGUUCUUUUUUCUUUCUCUGCCAUGCUUCUGAACUGAUUUUAAACAACAAAAAAAAGCCCUUGUCUGGUCACAGAAUUACAAAUUAAGAUACACAGGUCAAUCCUGGAUUCACAGAGGCCGGUGAACUGAAAGUACACCAGGCAUAUGAGUUAGCCUGAUUUUUAGGCUUGUACCAUCUGAGUGCAGAUGUUACAUUCACUGAUGAAAGAGGAAGUAGAUUUUCAUACUUGCAAUCUCCUUGUGAGGAAAAAGUUUAUACCAGCAGUUCUGUAAAGGCAUGCUUAAAGCUUAAAGCUGUAGCUUACCAGGCCUAGAAAUGCAUAGGAAAAAAUGAGACAGAACGGAAGAGGUCUGCCCUGUCACACAUAUAUGCACACUUGCACGCAUGGACAGAUUUGAAAAUACAGCUGGAGCUGUAAAACAGGAAAUGGCUGUGGAUGAAGAUUGGCUGAGCAGCCGACUCCGACUGUGCCAGCUGAACGCGGAUUCGCUUCAGGGACGCAAUCAGGGUUUAUUGGGGGUGACUGUCAAUUAUCAGUUCUUCCCUCCACCAACAUAUGAAAAGUCCUCAGUCCUGAGAUCACUUGGAACAUAUGCCCAGGACCUGAAGGAUGCUGUUGGUAGGGAGGUAAAUACAAGUCAGGAACUACUGGGGGCAACGAGGGAUCAGAUCCUCAAUCAAUUCGCCCAGACACUGGCCAGAAGUGUCAUGCAGUCGGCUAGGUCUCAGUUAGGGAAUUCCGUCUGUGGACCCCGAGAAGAUGGUCAGGGUGAAGAGUUGGAGGCUGACAGAUCCCCCAGGGUUCCUGUCCUCAUGGAAGGCCAUGCGUGGGGAGGCGAGUGGGAGGUAGAGGGGGAUGACGACGAGUUGACCUGCGAUGAGGAUGUCCUCGAUUCUAACGCUGGCCUGCCCAGUGAGGGCUCCAUUGACUACCCCAACCCUCCUCCCACCUCCCCCCUCCUGCCUGAGAGAGCCAGCAGCCCCGUACUGUUCUGCAGGAAUCUCAAACGGGGGCUGGCUAAUGGAUUCCGUCCUUCCCCGCCACCCCCCACCCCCAAAGACUCAGUGCAAGGGAGUCCCACCUACAAGGAGGACAAGACAGACUUUGUGGCUCGGCUCCUGCGCUCGCUCUCCCUGGAGUGCAUGCAAGGAGGCCUGAACGUGUCGAAUGGUGAGCAAGAUGAGGUAAGAAGAGAUGUAGCCGCCCAGGUGGAGGUGUCCGGGCUGUCAGAAUAUGCCGCACACCUAUCUGCGGAAAUCAUUGGCUUUCUUGCCACCCACAACAUGGAACAUCCAGAGGAGCCAAAUGGAGGAGCACUCUUUGCUGGUAACCAGUCCAUGUGCACUCACCGAGAACCUACUCUGUCUCCUGGAUGUGACCUCCAGCCGGUGAACAAAAGCCCUGUGGACACAUGUAUCUCUAGCAGGUCAAUGGGCGAUGCGUCAGGGUAUGACAGACUCCAAGCAGCAGCCGAGCAGUGGGUAGAGAGGGCCCUGGCAGCCGCACUCCAGGAGGAGGCUGCAAAGCAGGAGAUGGCUGGUGACACGUCUUCACCAUGGAGGCAAACCAUGGACAUCGUGCCUAGCAGCAAGGCCCUAGGGAACAAGGAGGCCUCAUUGGCUUCUGACUCUGGGAUAAACAGUCCGGAGGAGUUUGCAAGGGCUCUAGUAAACAAGGCUAUGCAACAAGUCGUGCUUCAGAUGCAGCUGGACCAGGAGCGGAGACCACACCCUAGUCCUGGAACCCAGAGCUGUGGCAGAGUAAGACCGAUGCAGUGUGUUCCCCCUCCUCCACCCAGCUGCUGCUCCUUCGCCGCAGACGUAGCGGAGGAGGUGCUGAGGGGCUCCGUGUUAGCAGCUGCUAAGCAGGAUGUACAAAGGCGGACGACCCAUUGGGGCCCUGAGGGGUUAGAGAUCAGGGUGUUGCUGGGCAGCCAGACCCCGGGCAGCUUGCAGGUCCUGCAGGGCCUGAUCCUCUGGGCUGCCGCCUCCUACGUGGACGUGGGGAAGCUCCAGCUCACUCUGACGGACGUACGGCUUUACACACAGUUCUGCACCAUAGCCCAGAGGGCACAGCUGACUGGCUGGACUGUGGGAGACCUGGUCGAGUCACUGGUGUGGUUUUGUGAGCAGCUGGCCGAUGUGGGAGCCGGUCCGGAUGACUCUGCUCUGUUGGAGUGGCUGGAAAAGCAACUGAGACAAGACAGCUGACUGGGGAAGCCAACAGAGCAAGGCAAUGGACAGUGCGUGCAGCCCCAGGACUGACACAAUGAACAGCAGCACCAGCAGCAGACUGGGCCAGUUGAGGUCUGCCACACAUUUUUCAAUCCAUCAACUUUUUCCUGUAAUGUGUGUCAUUUUUACUAAGACAUGUUUAUCGUUAUUCUCAAUUGAAAUCACACCCAACUGUGCAUAACUUAAACACCUUCACUGUACGGUCAUCCUCCAGGAGAAGUGACACGGGUGGGGGAGGGGUGUCACGCAUAAAUAUACAUGAAAUGUCAUUCAAAUAUUAGGCAGAAGGUGGCGUAGUGGUGAAUUAGCAAAGCCAGCAACCAAGGGGCUGUUAGAAUAAAUGUUCUAAUUAAAAACUUUUACUUUGUGUACCCUUA